AUGACGACCGAAAAUCCCCUCACAACACUCUACAAAGAGGCCGACGGCAGCAAGAUCUCAACAGACAUCUACCUGCCUCAAUCGAACGCGUCAUCACCGCGAAAAUAUCCCGUCGUCAUCGACAUCCAUGGCGGCGCUUUCAUGCUCGGUCAUUCCCGCAUGGUCUCCAUCCCCCAGGUAAACGACUGUCUGAACCGAGGCUGGAUUGUUCUCGUCCCGAACCACCGGCUUUGCCCCGGCGUGAACUUGCUAGACGGCCCGAUGCGGGAUAUCCGCGAUCUACUAGCCUGGAUUCACAACGGCCAUCUCGAUACAUUCUUAAAGGAUCACGGCCCCUACCAGGCUGAUUUGGAUAAUGUCGCUGCGUUCGGAACGUCGUCCGGUGGCCAUUUAGCUCUUAGCUUGGGUUUCGGCGUGCCCGUCCCCGUCAAGGCAAUCCUGUCCCUAUACGGCGCGGUGAACUUCUCAAACCCACUCUGGUCAAAACCAAUCCCGCACGUCGCUGCCAAACUGCCCCAGAAUCUUUCCGCGGAGUUUCUGAACAGGAUCUAUGAUGAAAUUCCCAUUCCGACGGACUCUUCCGUCUCACUGGAAGGCCAGACUGAAUCUGGUGCGUCGAAGGGCCCUGAUUUCUCGAAGGCCCGGGACGCGUUCGCUUUUACGCAGAUCGCGGGCGGAACAGUGCCGAGUGUUAUUUAUCCCCAGAGUCAGAGUACGGAUCCUGGCUUUGAUCUUGUUGAUCCGGCGCGGAAUGUGUCGGCGGGGUUUCCGCCUACUUAUAUCGUGCAUGGGCAGGCGGAUACGAUGGUUCCCAUUGAUCUUAGUAGGGAUUUCUUGGAUACGUUGAAAGGGGCUGGGGUGGAGUGCGGAAUGACCGAGGUCCCUGGGGAGGAACAUACCUUUGCAGCUAUGAUGAAGGUUGGGUCUCAGACUUGGUGGUUGCAGAGGGAGGGAUUUGAUUUUCUGGAGGGGAUUAUUGGGAAGGGGCCUAAGUAG